GUCAGUCCGUGGCCGACAGUUUGCGAUCACGCGCGUGUGUGUGUCUUAGUCCUACACAUGUGUGAGUGUGAGUGAAACUAGCCAGGAGUUUGUCCUCUUGCUCAUUGUGUGGCAGGAUGGUCGAGAGUUUAAAGGUGGUGUCCGUACUACUAGUUACAGGACUUGUUGUUGAGUGCAGAAUGCACGUGUCGGUCCAUCUGAAGGUACCUCGCUACGUGCUGCUAGGCUCGCACGUUCUGCUCAAGUGUGAAUACAACGUUGAGAAGGACCAACUUCACAAGGUGGAGUGGCUAAAACACGGCCACAAGAUCUUUCAGUUCGUCAACGGACGAAAACCUCCUUUUAGAAACUUUACACUGCAUGGAGCUCAGAUUGAUUGGGCGCAGAGCAACGAACAGCAAGUUCGACUGAAGAUUCUCGACUUUGACGCCUCAGGCAUUUACAGCUGUGAGGUGACUACUGAGACGCCCAUCUACACAAAGGCGUCUGAAGACGAGGAAGUCACUGUGAUCAAGAAGCAGAUAGAGGACCCGACAAUCACCUACUGGAAGACGGAGUACACUGUUGGAGAACGACUAGAGGUGAAUUGUACCUCUGGCCAGUCCAGGCCUACCCCGGAGGUCACGUGGCUGCUCAACGGAAAACAGGCUGAUGAACAGUGGAUAAGGACGUUUCCAGAGCAAAGGCCUUCCUCAGUGACGGUUCAGCUGAGCAUGGAGCUGAAGGAAGAACACGUACCAGAACUGGAGCUGACGUGUCUGUCUACCAUACCAGGCUUCAUGGGACAUCAUGUUCGCCACACAGACUACGCCGAUCACCGUAGAUACGUCAUGCGAGUUGGAGUAUUGGCUGCAGAACCGAUAAUCUCGGCAGACUCACGAGCUGUGUCGUCAUCCCUGGGAUAUCCAAUAGCUAUAUUGACGGCGUUGUUCCUUCUACGACUAAACCAGAGGAUACUACUAUGGAUAUAAUGAUGAUUUAAUUCUAAAUCGGUUACACUUCAGCAAGAAGAAUAUAUCCUAAUUUCUUUUAAAUUAAAAGAGCUGUCUAAGAAUUAAGACUUUUAUAGAUUGAUGUAGGACUAUUUAUCUAACUCCAUUGGGGACAUAACCUUUGAUUAAAUCAAAACCACAUCCGUCACUUGGUUAAACAAUACAAUGCUUUCCUCUAUGUUACUAUAAAUUACUUAAAACUUUUUUACAAUCGUUCAAAGCAGUAAAUAAUUUGUGUCUUCCACACUACUAUUUUUCUUACUAUGCACGAGAGGUAAUUCACUUUUUAAUAUUUUCAACUGCAAUCACGUUUCUUCCUUUUUAUUCAACGCACCCAAUGGAAUACCAAAUAACGUUACUAUAAAGUCAAUAUAUUUAUUAAAUUUAAGACCCAAGACAAUAAUUCACUAAAUAAAUCGUACUACGUACGAUUUAUAAACACAUAUAACUUAUUUUAAGCCAUAUAUACGUGCUAAGGUAAUUUUCCUUACCGAAUUUAGUAGAUUGACCCAGUUAUAACGAAGUGAUUUAAAGUAAAAUAGUAUUAGAAGUGUCGUAACAUAUUGUUGACCACUUUUUAAUCACACAGAUAAUAUAGUCUCAAUAUAGAUACCCAAAACUGCAGUUGGUAUGAAUACAAUCUACGUAAGAACAAUCAUCACUUAGACAUCAUAGCUACUUUUAAUGUCUAUCAGUAGAUCAUUUAUUCUCUUGUUGAAUCUAGAUACGUAAUUCUUGUUAGUGCAAAUUACCUACACCGGAUGAGCUACUUUUAUAACAUAAAGGAGUGAUAAUCCUAUAUAACUGAAGACAUGUAUUUGCCAAAGUUUUGCCAACAUAUAGACCACCGGCCCCGGUAAUGUACAUUGUUUGUACAUAGGAGCUAAGAUUUUUAUAUACUGGUAUGUUUUGAUGGUGCUCUAUUUACCUUCGUAAGCCUUUUCUGUCUGCUUCUAGUCGGUGGACACUGUAUGCAGUGUCUACGUAAAAUGUCUAUCCUAGAUUAACGUUAUAAUUGUGUAUGUUGUAUAUCGCAUAUAAGAUUUUAUAUUGUACAUGUUAAUUUAAAUUUGUGGAAUGGUAUUUUUAUAUUAAAAAUGUAUUAUAGUAAUAUUUUGUAAAGAAUAAAAUAUCGUUUGUAUAAGUGUAAUAACCGUAAGUGGCAAUUAUGUUGGAAGUUGAUUUAAUAUUUUAUGUAAUUUAUUAUCUAUUAAGCCCGUAAUUUUUAUUGUAUUUCAAGAGCUUACAUAACGUUUGGCAUUGUUCUGUAAAGCUCUAAAUGUAAUGCUUCAGCCCAGUAUUUUCUUAAAAUACUGUAUGAGUGUAAAUAGGUAUAGUUUUUAAGGAGUUGUCAGAAAAUAAAAUAAAAAUUAAUGAAUGAAAAUAUAUGAACAAAUAAAUUAAGUUUCGGUAACAAUAUCGAGCGUUAUUGCAAUCAAAGCUCAAAAGUGUAUAAACAAUUGGAAGUUUCAAGUUUUUGGAGGUUUUUGAUACUUUUAGUAGGUAAUGGUUGUCAUUUUAAAAUACAUUUUAUUUAAUUUAAUCACAAAAUGAGAAAUAAAGCUAAUAUUUAUAAUUAAGCUUUUUAUUAUUAUUUUAAUACUACUUUUACGGCAAACAUGUGGUUUAUUUUUACAAUAUACUACAUAAAAAUCUUCGCAAAACUAAUUAAUGCCUACGAAAACAAUUACAAAUGAUUAAUGCCAGUUAAGCCAGAAAUAAAACGUAUUGGUCAGAGAGAAACACGAAUAAGAAUUUCACAAAAACCACAUUUUUAUCAAAACAUAUUUGGUAUUUAAAUUAUUGCAUAAAAAUCUACCAAAUAGAAUGUACUAAGAAAUCAUCACACUUUUCGAAAUUAUAUGAGUGUGAUAUUACACAGGAAUACAUUACGUUUUAAAACCGAAUACAUUAGGGUAAAGAGUGAAAUAUCAAAUGAGGUGAUAUGCAGUCAAAAUAAAUUUAGAUCUUUGUAAAUAUUUUUCAAAUACGGUAGUCUGAUCUUCCUGACUCAUUUUGCUGUCCUUGCAUUUUUGACAAAAUGAUGAAGUAAAGCUUUUUUGUAAGUCAAAUAUUCUGUUGGUUUAAAUGUAUAUUUGAUAAUUAAACACUAUUUAAUGCUGGUAAUCAAAAUACAAAAAUAAUGUUGAAAAACAUUUUUCCAAUACAACAUUUAUUCACAGAAACAUUUUACAUUUAAUAUAUAUUACUAUAUAAGACUAUUAAGUAAGUGUUACUUAUAUAUCUUAUAUGUCAGUAUAAUAAUAUCGCAUGGAUUUAAAAGAGUAAUCCAUCCAAACGGGUUUUUUAGUUCAUACAUUAAAAAGUUACGAGUUCCCUUUUAUCAAUUUGACAUACACUCACGAGGCUACAGUUACUGUGGACCAGGUACAAGGAUAGUAGAAUGAGAGGGAAGGUCGACUGGAGCUUACAGCUCCGUACUCAAGCAUCUAUGUCUUCCUGGUCGCCGCUGGCAGUAGUGGCGACAGACUGGUAGCAUCACUGGUAGUCUAAGUCGAUCACAGCGCAGUGUUCAAGUUACUGUACUAGCGUAGGUGAGCUGUGCUAUACUGUACGUGCUAAAACAUACAUUAUAGUACCUACGUUCGUUGUAAAAUAUUUGGAACUGUAAGAAUAUAGUUUAUGUUACGU